AUGGAUCCAGUAUCACCCUGGAUCGCAGCUUUGGCCGAACGAUCCCUUUCUUUCUAUCUCGGUCGCCAUGAUGAUGGGAUUAAAGUGGAGGAUUGUGGGAGUAGCCUCACCUUCAGCUUCGGGGAUACUCCGCAUAAGACUGCGACUGUUGUGACAUGGGGCCAAGGAGACUCAAGUCGUCGCGCUACCCUCACAGACUCUCAGAACCAAAUAGACGUCGUUGUCUCGCCCGAUUCACCUAAUUUGUCUGGGGCAGCCUCACCCUGCCCGCCAACAACUAAAGGAGGUCCAAGGCAUCUUGUGGAGCUUCCCGAACUCAAGCUUGUCUUCAUCUACUCAGCAUCUACGCCGGAGCUUGAACUUCGCAUCAGUCGAUUCCAUAUUCGUCAAAAUGCGGUCCCCAAGGCAGACACCCCUAAGCCAAAGCUCAGGAAGGUAUCAAAACUCAAACCCCUGAUCGCUCAGGUGUAUCGAAAGGCCCAGAACAACCGAGGUGAUCUACAAUCGCAUGGCCGAAACAACACUGCUCUUGGUAGAACAACGCUUCCCCCAGAAGAGCCCUCCGGCGUGUCGAAACAGUCGCAAAAAGACUCAGGGUCCCAGGGCUUCCACUCACAGGCGGCUCCUCAUGAUCUCCAUAGUGUGCACAAAAGUAAUUUCAACACUGGCCGUGUUUCACUUGGUGACUCCAAAGAACUUUUGGCCUAUUACGCAAAUCCUCAGCAUCAGAAUACCUCUAUCGCAAACAAAGCAUCCCCCGGAGGGGGCGACCGCCAGCAGGCACCACUGAAUAAUGACACGGAGUUUGCUGUACCAAAAAAGCCUGAUAUCCGAAGCCCUCGAGAGCGAAGUGCUACCACGUCACGCUCAGAACAAGGCCCGGAAUUGCCUAGCAACAAUGCGGAGGCAGAACGUGCGGCUGAAAACAAUGCUGAAUCAGCCAGCACUAACAUCCACGUCACAAAAUCUACUGAGGUCUUGGCUGAAGGUCAUACGAGUCACGCUCAACAGACAGUAAGCAGCAGAGUCGACAUUGGUCCAAACCAGACGAUUGAGACAAGUGAUACGCGGCAGCCCUCGAAAAAGAGACACCGUGAAAGCAUUGGUGAACAGCCAAAUUCCACUCAGAAUAAAGUUUUGGGUGCCGCAGACCUUCGAAAUCCGGAGGAUGCAUCCCCUUUAAGCAAGCGACAGCGUACUAAUGGCGAGGAAGCUAUGCGAGCAGACUCAACUAGAGUUGAAAACUUAUCAACCGAGCGGAUGUCUCCAGUCCCUAGUGUACAGGGCAUCUCCAAAAAGCCAGAUCGAGCCAACAUGCCCAUGAUCAAUCACUGGGAGGGAAUGACAAAGAUACCCGCAAGUGAAAUUGAAAUCCCCAAAGAUCAGGCGGAGCUUCUAGAGGAACUGAAAUGGCUUCCGCGAGAACCUGGUGUAUAUGCACCCUUAUGCCAUGUGCCACCCCGUCUUUUAUCCCAAUGGAAUGACAUUGCGCAACAAAGAAACCGCAGGUCGAAACAGCCAGAGAAAAGUCCCGAACCAACUCCUACCACACAUCCUCAGGGUACUAAUCCAUCAACUGUUGAUUAUUCAUCAGAGAGCGAGAAACUGUCCUGGGACGAAAGCAGUCGGGAGGGCUCACCUCAAAAUGCACUUCCUGAAGAUACGCCCCCUCGUCAUACAGUCCAGGUCUUUCCAGAUACGCAAGACAGUAUCAGCCAGUCCAAGAAAGAUGACGAUAGGGAUAUGGAUAGCCGAGCUCAGACUCGCUCACCAAGCAUGCGUCCAAAAGCCGUCGAUCCUGAUACCACUUCCGCCACGGCAGCGAAAGAGCCUUCUAGGUCCCCUGAGAAGCUGUCAGUGGGGCCGAGCAGAGAUCAAAACUCGGGGCGUGCUGCCGGCAAUGCCCCAUCAUUCAAUCCGAAGAUUCCAGCGUCUCCAGACAUCAGGAUUGGUGAUCAGCCUUCAACUCCCAUCAAACACUCCCCUCGUCGACAAUCAAACUCGGCCAAAAAGACAGCGGCGUCUGGUCCCCAAGACAAGGAAAUGCCUGACGAUAGCGACGAUAGCGAUGAUAGCGCCGAUGAGAUGGAAGCAUCGGUUCCUUUUGCUUUGGGUCAAAGUGUCCCAUUGAGCAGUCAGCCACACAGCUCUGGGUCAUCACUGGUCGUAGAUGAGAGGAACAACAUCCAAGUGGUAGAAACGCCUGUCAUCAAUACCACACGCAGAAACAAGCCAAAGCCUAGUCCCGAGGCUUCCAGCUCGCAGCAAAUACCUUCAGAGGAUCCAAGGACCUUGUCAUCAUCGCGGGUCCGCAACACCUACUGUUCUCAAGAAAGCCAGAGACAAAAUGCUGCGUCUCAUGGGGCAAUUGACCCAUCACAGUCGGAAAAGGACAACAAGUCGCCACUUGUAAACAGGCUCGGGUUUGGAACCCAAACUAGCAGCUUACUUGCACCAUCGCAGGCCAGUCCUCAGUCGUCCGCCGAGGUUGUGCCUGACUCAUCAAAGCUCACUAGACGUCAGCGAGGCUCAUCCAUCUUCCAUUUGGAGUCGGACGACACGUCAUCUGUUCAUUUCGCUAGCUCCCAUCCGCCGGCGAUAUCUCAUUCAGGCGAGAUAGGUCAAGAUUACACGAAGUCUCAAUCCGGUCCUGACCAAGCCCCAAAGGUUUCUGAGUCACCUUCUCAGCCUUCUCGGGUCCCACCUCCCGGUGACAAUAAUCAUGGCGAUGAGGAGACCCGAGUCCCAAAUGUUGAGUUAGUGACACGGCGUCAAAGCUACCUCGGCCAAGCAGACAAUUCCGCUGAAGCACAGCUGAUCUAUACGAAUUUCUGCAACGCCUAUCCAUCGUAUUCCGGCCAGUUUUCCCACUUUACUAAUAUGUGCUCAAAACUGCACGCGACCCGAGCGAAGGGCUCUUUGAAAAGGUCUUUCCUGUGGGACGACUUCAUCAUACUGAAUCUGGAGGAAUAUCCCAAUUAUCUGGAAAAAAACGCCUCUCAGGGUUCCGAAGCAAUGGAAUAUGAAGAGUUCUUCUGCUCGAAUUUCUCGCGCCCACAACACAAGAAGCGAAAUCUCACUGCUAGAGGCAUCGAGGUGGCCGCUUCUCAAUCAGUUGCCGCUGCCAGUCAAGAGAGCCAGUCAGCCUCUUCCCAGGCGAAAAGCGAGGCGGGAACCAACCAGGAUCAGCCAAUUCAGGGCGAAAACGUGAACCCUUCCUUCACAGCAAGCCUUGUGAACAAGUUUUCAGAGUUGCAUGCCCGAUCAUUUGGUCAGGAUCUUGGCCCUAGUGCUGGCCCUCCGCCCAUCCCUGCCGCUACACAGGCCUCGCCCAAGCUCUCUGAUGACACUUCUGAAGACACUUCUGACGGAUCCUCUGACGAUACCGUUUCCUAUGACGGCACCGACUCAGACGGGACUCCUUCCAUCAAAGAAGAAGAAGUAGAAGACGAUGUUUCUAUCGCGCCAGCGGGAGAAAGAGAAAUGACUGAUUCAACAGAAUCUAGCACGCAUUCAGCCUCCUUGCAACCUGACCACAAAAUUGGUGAAACGGUGCCAAAAGAUGAAGACGAUUUCGAUGAUACACCGGAGCCAAACGACACUCAUCACGAAACUGCCAGUAUUGAACUUGGCGAUGAUUACAUCGACCGUCAGCCUCCUGUUUCCCCCAGCAUAACCCCUGUUGCGGCACAUGAUACCGAUCCUGACCAUGAGCCGCAACCAGAGCAAGAGCGUAGCACCUGGUUCAGCUCUCUCAAAAAUCUUAUACCACCAAGGAACAUGGUGUCGACCAAUCCGCGUUGGUCUGACGAUCCCAACACGCCAUUCAAGCGCUGGGCUUACCAAGAUCAAAAUCUUCUCGUGGAAAUCAAUCGUCGCGGUGGCACCAGGGUCGAGGUUGACGAAAGAGGAGUUAUCCUUCGACCCACCUAUAAUCGAGAGCCGAAAGGUCCCCGGUGA